UACCCAAAAACUCCGACUGAUCUGCCUGCCCAUGUAGACGAAGACGACCGAUACGUUUUGCCGCGCGGUGAAGGAGAUGAACGCGUAAUUGGAUACAAUAUGGACCUCCUUCAUUUUGCUCGAGUGAAUAUGGACCUGCAGUACAAUCUAGGAGAAAGGGCUAAACACUAUAUGUGUAAAUAUGUCACUAUGCAAGGUGGCCCAAAGAAGGUAACGAUUGUUACUGAAAAAGACAAAAUUGGAGGGUCGGCUACAUCAGCUGAAGACGAUCGCUCUUCUAGUGAGUACAUUUCCCAUUUUCAUUACCGAAGUGUGGGCGUGGUAGAAGCUGUAAUGGACAUUUGUGGCUGGAAGAUGCACGGCUGCUCCCGUGUUGACGAAUUUUUGCCAACAGAGUUACCGAACAAUCGAAGGCGAAUACUGAAGAGAGCAAAGGAUCUUAGGAUUUUGGAGGAUGAUACAGAUAUUUUC